CGGCCCGGGGGAGGGCCCUCUUUGUGGCUGCAGUUGGCAAGAUGGCGCCGGUGGGGGUGGAGAAGAAGCUGCUGCUGGGCCCCAAUGGGCCAGCGGUGGCGGCCGCCGGCGACCUAACCAGUGAAGAGGAGGAAGGCCAGAGUCUAUGGUCUUCGAUCUUGAGCGAAGUGUCCACCCGCGCCAGGUCUAAGCUGCCCUCCGGCAAGAACAUUCUGGUGUUCGGAGAAGAUGGUUCUGGUAAAACAACUCUCAUGACCAAACUACAAGGAGCAGAGCAUGGCAAAAAAGGAAGAGGCUUGGAGUAUCUUUACCUCAGCGUUCAUGAUGAGGAUCGAGAUGACCACACACGCUGCAAUGUGUGGAUUUUAGAUGGAGACCUCUACCACAAAGGCCUGCUGAAAUUUGCAGUUUCAGCUGAAUCUUUGCCGGAGACCCUGGUCAUUUUUGUUGCAGACAUGUCUAGACCUUGGACUGUAAUGGAAUCUCUACAGAAGUGGGCUAGUGUUUUACGUGAGCACAUUGACAAGAUGAAAAUUCCACCAGAGGAAAUGAGGGAUCUGGAACGGAAAUUUAUGAAAGAUUUUCAAGAUUAUAUCGAGCCUGAAGAAGGUUGUCAGGGUUCCCCACAGAGAAGAGGGCCUCUGACCUCAGGCUCAGAUGAAGACAGUGUUGCCCUCCCUCUGGGUGACAAUGUGCUGACUCAUAACCUGGGGAUCCCAGUGUUGGUGGUGUGCACAAAGUGUGAUGCAGUGAGCAUAUUGGAGAAGGAACAUGAUUACAGGGAUGAGCACUUGGACUUCAUCCAGUCACACCUACGGAGAUUCUGCCUCCAGUAUGGAGCUGCCUUGAUUUACACCUCAGUGAAGGAAGAGAAAAACCUUGACUUGCUGUAUAAGUACAUUGUUCAUAAGACAUAUGGCUUCCACUUUACCAUACCCGCCUUAGUUGUGGAAAAGGACGCAGUUUUUAUACCUGCAGGCUGGGAUAAUGAAAAGAAAAUAGCUAUUUUACAUGAAAAUUUUACAACCGUGAAGCCAGAAGAUGCAUAUGAAGAUUUUAUUGUAAAGCCUCCUGUGAGAAAGCUGGUCCAUGACAAAGAGUUGGCAGCAGAGGAUGAGCAAGUGUUCCUAAUGAAACAACAGUCACUUCUUGCCAAGCAGCCUGCCACGCCCACAAGAACCUCCGAAUCUCCUGCUAGAGGACCUUCUGGCUCUCCAAGGACCCAGGGUCGGGGUGGACCAGCUAGUGUGCCAAGCGCUUCCCCAGGAACAUCAGUAAAGAAACCAGAUCCAAACAUCAAAAAUAAUGCAGCAAGUGAAGGGGUAUUGGCCAGCUUCUUCAAUAGUCUGUUGAGUAAAAAAACAGGCUCUCCUGGAAGUCCUAGUGCUGGUGGAGUGCAGAACACAGCCAAGAAGUCAGGACAAAAGACUGUGUUGUCAAACGUUCAAGAAGAACUGGAUAGAAUGACUCGAAAGCCAGACUCCAUGGUAACAAACUCUACAACAGAAAAUGAAGCCUGAUCUUCCUUUAAAAGUGCAUAUGUCAAAUGACCAAAUAACUAUGUAUAUUUAUCUGAUAAGACCAGGAUUUUUCUGAUAUGGCACAUGCUAUCAGUUUUUUGGGGUAGGGGAGAUGAACUUUUAAAAAAAUAUAUACUUCAUUGGCUUGUCCGAGUGUGAAAUGCACAUUUAGGAAGGUUACACGUCAGGCCCCUUGUUAGGGAUGUCCCGUGGACUCUUGGGCUGCGGUUCUCUUGUGGGAAGCAAGCACAGCUGGGCUUCUUUUAGAGUGGAGAAAGGAAGCCCACUUGCUAUCAGGGUGGAGCAAAUGAGACUAGGAAGUCAUUGAUCAGAUGGUCGUUAGUUUGACCAGAUGCGUGUUAGCAAAGUCCCUUGUUCUUGGGAAUCAGAUUAAGGAGCAGAAAGUCCAGGAAAGAGAAGAGUUCAGGAGGGAUGAGAGACGUGCUUGUGGGGAAGCUGAACGUUAGAGAGGUGGAAGAAGGAAGUGAGCGGCAUGAAGUACAUGCACGGUAGAAGGCAGAUAGCAUCGUUUAAGACUUAACCAAUUAGAAGCAUUUCCAAACUAAACACUAAACAGAUGGGAAUUGGACUGUUCUGAGUGCAUCUUUAAUUUAUGAGAAAUGUGUUUUGUGUGGGGACACCUGAGAAAGGUGGAUCUGACACGGGUGGUGAAGAUGGCACCUGCCCAGAACCCACAUGCUUGGCCCAGGCCUUGUCCUUUUGUCCUUGGAGAAAUGCUGACUCUGUGCAUCUAUAACCUGGGACAGGCAGUUGCUGUGGGUUGUGUUCGAAGUCAGCAGAUACAAAAUUAGUUUACUUUGAUUUAUAUAUUUUGAAUAGCUCCUGCUUUGUUUUUUUAAUUAUUAUUUUUAACUACCACAGGCUGGCCAACUAACAGAAAAUGGGUGAUUGAUCUCUCAUUUUACCAUAAUGGCAGUGUGCUAUAUAAAGUUUGGGGGAAGUAUUUAACGUCAUUGCAUUCUGGUUAAUUAGCUUGUACCAAUUCCUGCCUUAGAGUCUGUGGUAACCUUCACUGAUACAAAAGGUUCUUUCUGUAGCUCCCUGGUCUGAUCACUGUUACCAGACCAACAAGUGAGUGCUUUACAUUGAAAAUGGAAGUGACAGGUUUGUGUUUGUCAUAAAUGUAGCACUUCUUUUCUUAUGGAAGUGAGAGUUUUAUGUGUCUUCCAUUUAGGGGCAUAUUCAUGCACAUCAUCAUGUCACACCACCAUUCUGAGAAUGACUUCUGUGGAUAUGAAAUAGCACUUUGAGUUUUCUGUGUGACACAGCACAUGUAAAUGCAAACACUACCAUGACUUUAAUGUAUAAGACAUUUGUUGUCCAAACCAAGGGGAAAACCACAGUUCACUUCCGUGGAGUUUACUUUUUUAUAUGAAUGUUUGUUAUAGUGUGUCUUGGCAUAAUGUCCCUAAUGUCAUUACUUUAUAUACAUACCAGACUUGACUAACCACUAAUGUAGUGCUGGGCGGAAGUUAACAUCUAGUUUUAUGACAAGGCUCCUCGACUGUCUGGAGUCAUUUUGUAAAGGUCUGAACACUGUUAAGGAGAAAGCUGAGUGCUUACUUGCCUCUCUAACAACAAAAAGAUGUUUUUUGUGCCGGUUUUACUGUUGAAAUAUAUUAUUUUUUCCUUUUUUAA